UUUCCCAAAGCUUCGGUCCUCUUGUUUACCUCAACAAACUUUAGCCUAUCUCAACCCUUUAAUAACUUGAUGGGAAAAUUGAUAUAUCGGUGCAUACAGGAUACAACUGUCUUUGUUCUUAUCAAUGGGAGAUGAUGAACAUGUAUUGGUCAAUGCGCAAAUAGAUGAAGGUUCAAGGCACGAGAGGAAAUACCAUAAAAUAUGGGCAAACUCCAAUCAAAACAUGCCUGUAAACGCAGAGAAAAUCCUGAAGGUGGUAGUUUUGCUGCCAAUGUGCUCACCUGUCAGAGAGAGCGGGAACAUACGGGUCUCCACACCCACCCAAUCAGAUUUAAGCAGGAGUUGUGCAGAAGGGAAGUGAAGGAUGAGCAGGUCUUGAACCAUAAGUGCCCCCUACAGGUGGUACUGCCACCAGAGAAGGACAGGGAGAGCUACAUCCAUGUUCCAUUCAGACAGCCCAGGAAGAGAAACAGCCAUGUUGAUGACACAGAGUGCAACGUGGUGUUGGAGGAUGACACUCGGCAAGAGUGGGUUUUCACACUGUAUCACUUUGACAACAGCGGUAAAGUCACCAAGCAGGAUAUGUGCAGUCUCAUGCAGUCCAUCUACGAGGUGGUUGAAGCGUCGGCCAAGCAGCCGUCCUGUAGCAGCACAGCGCUAAAAGUCAAACUGGUGGUGGGCCCUUCCAGCAGCUCCGGCCGGGGAUCCAGAACAGGGGACAGAAUGGAGGUCCAACAGGAGGAGGCUAGGAGCCCAGAGAGGACUUUUCACUGUGUGGAUGAAAACACAGAACGCAGGAACCACUACUUAGACCUAGCUGGGAUAGAGAACUAUUCCUCCAGGUUUGACGAUGCAGACGCCCCCUCUCAGGAGCCCAGACUGGAUGCACGCACAGACCAGCAGCACCGCUCAGUGUUGGUAGGGGAGAACUGCGGUGCAACUGAGUCCAGAGGCAGGGGCCUCUCCUUCAUCAGGUCUCUCAGGGGCCAUGUCAAGGCAGUGGGGGGAGACAGAGGAGGAGGAGGAGGAGGAGGAGGAGGAGGAGGGGGAGGGGGAGGAGGAAGUGGGGGUAAAUCAAGCAAGCCUCAUGGCCACCACCCCUCCAUGUGGUGCCACCCCUCCCAACCACACUCCCAGCCCCAACUCCCCUUACAGCACAGCCACAGCAAGAGGCUUCGCUCCAGGGCCAGAGAGGCUGUGUCCCUCUCCAGAACCCUCCACCACCUACACCAGCCUGGUUCUCAAGUUCAGCCAGGGGGAGAGAGGGAGAUGCUGCCCAGCCUGCCUGCCUCGUCUGGGGGCUUGGUCCCACUGGCUCAGAGGCAUGAGCACCACCACCACCACCACCAUCACCACCACUACCACCAUCACCACCACUACCACCCCCCGGCAUGACUGCAGUCUGCACUCCACUCAGGGAUACAGAGACUGAGAGACACACCUCCCUGUGGUUUAGCCUAUAGCUAGGGCCCUGAGCCAUUCCUGGUCAGGUCAGGUGGGCCUUAGAUAUAGUAUAGGGCUGUGGGACACCACCACUCUCCAUUCUAACGAGUAAUAGCAACUCCGUACAAAAAUGAAUUGUUAUGCCUUGUAUAGAUGACUGAGUUUCAUGUUGAAUGUGCCGUGUUAAAUAUGCUAAUCACCUUUGGAAGCCUUCUAGACUGAUGUUUCUUCUCAGGUUUCUAUAGUGGAGGCUGCUGAGGGGAGGACGACUCAUAAUAAUGGCCGGAACAGCGCAAAUGGAAUGGCAUCAAACA